AUGUCCACAACACAUGGUUGCGAAGAAUAUGACUUCGUCAUUCGUUCAAUCCCUGACGAUGUCAAGUUUAAGGUCAGCCGAACGCGGUUGGCCGCAGUCAGUCAGGUUUUUGAUGAUAUGUUUGCGUGUUGUGAUAAGGGAUAUGUGCUAAACACAGCAGAGGACGACGACAGGAUUUUGGAUCUUCACGAAUCAGCUGCUUCAUUGUCGAUUCUCCUCUGCCUUCUGAACGCGACGCUGGAACCUUGCAACGUUGUAGGCCCACCAUCCGAAUCGGCUAACCUUACUCCCAUUCAAUCAAUUAUUCCGGACGCGGCCAUACCUAUUCCCAUUCUUUUUAUUCUGCUCUCGCUCGCAGAUAAGUAUAUGCUAUGCAAUUCGGUCGUAGACAUCCUGCAUUUGCAUCUCGCAGCGCAUACGUCGACGUACCCUUUGCGAGUAUAUGGCUACGCGGUGGAACGCGGGCUCGACGAUAUCGCGGCUCAAGCAAGCAAGCAUUUGUUGCAUCCCCCGCUGUCCAGUUAUACGUCCAAAGACAUCGCGGUGAUCCCGACAGCUCAGGCGUACCACAAACUUGUCCUGCUGCACAGUUGUCGGAUCGACCGUCUGCGAGAGGUACUCAUGGGCGAAAUGAUAUUUCCCCAUGGCUACGGUGAAUGCACGAAGCACUCACAAUAUACCACCGUAAUUUGGGAAGAGAGGAAGAAGACUGUAGCUGCCGAAGUACUUGCAGGGACGGAUGUGACUGCUGAGAUGGCGGAGGUCCAAAGAAAAUUCGACUCUUGCGAGACAUGCAGUAGAGCCUGCCAAGCAGCUCUGGAAAUGCUAGAGUACAAAUGCGCCAAGAUUCCACGAAGAGUGGAUCAGCUUCUCGUCUAA